AGAGAAGCAGUCAAAAGAUAUCAGAGCCACUGUAUGAAGUGUCAAGCAUGGCGCGCCAACCCUUCUGUCCCCAAGAUGGCGGAUUUGCCACCAGCUCGACUGCGCCUGUAUAAGCCGCCAUUUUAUUCAACUGGUGUUGAUUGUUUCGGUCCCUUUACCGUGAAGAUAGGACGGAGAAUGGAGAAACGUUGGGGCAUAAUCAAAUGUAUGACCACCCGCUGUAUACAUUUAGACCUCCUGGAGAAUCUUGAUGCAGAUGCAUUCCUGAUGGCCCUAAGGCGCUUUGUCGCCAGAAGAGGUAAACCUAAGGAGCUUCUGUGCGACAAUGGCACCAACUUUGUUGGAGGAGCUCGAGAGCUGCAUGAGGCCUUCGAGACCUUAGCUCCUCAGUUAAAGGAACAGUUGGCAGAACAGCAGAUUGCAUUCUGUUUCAAUCCCCCCAGCGCUCCACAUUUCGGCGGAGCAUGGGAGAGAGAAGUGAGGUCAGUUAAGACUGCUCUUAAAGUUGUGCUUAAGGAGCAGACUCUCCCAGAAACUGUGUUUCGCACAGUUCUAGUAGAAGUGGAGGGCAUUUUGAAUGCCAAGCCUCUAGGCUAUGUAUCCACGGCUGUAGCAGAUCCAGAUCCUAUUACACCCAGUAUCCUGCUGAUGGGACGUUAUGAUGCAUCACUCCCUCAAGUCAUGUAUGAUCAAAGUGACCUGCUCGGCAAGCGACGAUGGAGGCAUAGCCAAGUUCUUGUCGACCAUUUUUGGUCCCGAUUCAUCAGUCACUAUUUACCCAGCCUGCAGGAGAGACAGAAGUGGCUGAGAGAUGGGAAAUGCCUCACUCCAAACCAAGUAGUUCUCAUUGUCGAUCCCCAGCUUCCGAGAGCUUCGUGGCCUGUUGGGAAGGUGACGACUACUUAUCCUGGAGCCGAUGGACGCAUCCGGACUGCUGCCGUUAAGGUCAAGGAUCGGACUUAUAUUAGGCCGGUUGCUCGUCUAGUGGCGCUCCCUAAGUUCGAAGAUGAAGAGGAUGACUUAACGGGCUGAGUGACCUUCCUAACUGGAUUCGACUGUCUGUGUCGACAGUCGGGGGCGGCUGUGUUAGAAAGCCCACACUGUUAGUUUGGUUGAUAUGUAGCAUUGUGUUUGGUUUAUCGUGAGUUUGGAAUUUCCUAUGUUAUUGAACUCAUUGUAGCUUUACAUGAGUCCUUUGAAUGCACCACAGGUGCGAUGCGGAGCAGACAUUUUCUGCCGUUGCUCUUCUCCCUCGGUGCAGUAACGCGGAGAAUGGGUUCACUUGUAUUCCUUAGUUUUAUCGUGUGUAAAUGCCAGAAGACCACAAUCCACAAUCCAAAUUCACAAUUGACAGUUUAUAACAAUGCAUAUGUAUUCGAACUGGAUGGAAAGGAACUGUGAACCUCAAUAAACAAUUCAAACUGGAAUCUGCAUCCGCCGUUCUUUAACUUGAACGCACCCCCCAUAUCUUGCCGCUCUAAACCAGAAACAUUAGGAGACAACGCAACC